GAUGCUAAAGGGCCUCGGCUUCUGUCAUUCCUUGGCGGAUCGUUUGUUGUCAAAAUGGAGUUCUUACUUGGAAAUCCUUAUAGCACUCCAGUGGGUCAGUGUAUAGAGCGAGCCACAGACGGAGGCCUGCAGAAUGAAGACUGGACCCUCAACAUGGAGAUCUGUGAUAUCAUAAACGAGACAGAUGAGGGGCCAAAAGAUGCAAUGCGAGCGUUGAAAAAGAGACUGAGUGGCAACAGGAACUACAGAGAGGUCAUGCUGGCGCUAACGGUAUUGGAGACGUGUGUGAAGAACUGCGGUCACAGAUUUCAUGUUCAGGUGGCAAACAGAGAUUUCAUCGAUGGUGUUCUGGUCAAAAUCAUCUCCCCUAAAGCCAAUCCUCCCACAAUUGUGCAGGACAAGGUUCUGUCUCUCAUACAGUCCUGGGCGGAUGCCUUCAGGAGCAGUCCUGAUCUCACUGGGGUGGUCCACAUUUACGAGGAGCUGAAGAGGAAGGGCAUAGAGUUCCCGAUGGCAGACCUGGAUGCACUGUCUCCCAUUCACACACCACAGAGAGGAACACCGGAGGUGGACCCCGCCAUGAUGAAGUACCUUGCUCCUACCUGCCCUGCUGCUGGAACACCGAAACCUGCCUCACCCUCUCCUGGUUCCACACAGGCCUCGGGCGUGCCCAGCCCCAUCACAGCAACCCCUGAACAGAUUGCCCGCCUGCGAAGUGAGCUGGAUGUAGUGAGAGGAAACAUUAAAGUGAUGUCAGAGAUGCUAACGGAGAUGGUCCCGAGUCAGGAGAAUGUCUCCGACCUAGAACUGCUUCAGGAGUUACACAGAACAUGCCGGGCUAUGCAGCAGAGAGUGGUUGAACUCAUUUCUCGUGUCGUUAACGAGGAAGUGACCGAGGAGCUUCUACACGUCAACGAUGACCUCAACAAUAUUUUCCUUCGAUAUGAGAGGUAUGAGAGGUACAGGUUGGGCAGAGCUGCACAGAACAACGGGAUGUUAACUGAAGCCACAGAGGACAACCUAAUAGACCUGGGUCCAGGCUCCCCAGCUGUGGUUACACCCAGGAUCUCAUCCAGCCCUCCGCCCAGCUCUGCUGCUGCAGCCGCAGCCUCCCCGGCCCACGAGGCCACCGCAACCGCACUUUCCACUAGACUGGCUACUCUCGAUGUAGGAUCGGAGAGCGCCAGCGGCACCCUGUCAUCUCUGCCGGGUCACAACAAAGAUGACUUUGACAUGUUUGCUCAGACGAGGAGCAGCUCUCUGGCUGAACAACGCAAAAAUGUUAAAUAUGAAGACCCCCAAGCUCUGGGGGGCCUGGCCUCUGCUUUGGAUGUGAGACAACAGAAUACAGCCGGGCUGAGGGUAAAGGGGGAUGAUAAUCCAGCAGAUCAGGAGCUGCCCAUAGACAGCUGGCUUAUUACCCAAGGAAUGAUCCCCGUAUCGCAGUCCUCUGUCAUGGAUGACAUAGAGGAGUGGCUCUGUGCUGAUGUGAAAGGGGAUGCCACUGAGGAAGGGGUGACCAGUGAAGACUUUGAUAAAUUCCUCGAGGAGCGAGCCAAGGCAGCAGACUCCCUGCCAUCACCCCCCGCAGAAAACCACAAUGUCCCGGCGCGCGCAACCACUGGAUCCCAAAAGAAAGCUGAGCGGACGGAGGAUGCCCUCUUUGCCUUGUAGACUGUUCUCACAGAAUCGUUAUCAUCAUCACGACGUCUAAAGGUCUUAGCCCUGAAAGAUUUCCCUCCAACACAGCUCUUCUGGUCUCAUUUCAUCGCCAACUGGAAGUUGUCGCCGGUGAUCGCCAUCUCUUUGUUGCUGUCUUGCCAAUGUAGCUCCAACCCAUAUACAGAUGUGGACAAAUUGGUCGUCACCUUUCCAUUAAAGAAGUGAAAAACCCACACUGGUUACUGAAAUAACUUAAAACGGACAAAAAUAAUAUUGGUAAUUUAACGAAAAUGGACAAAUGAAAAACAGACAUUGCUUUUGAAUUGUGGUUUAACAGGAUCAGAUUUGUACAACAAAGUAUGAAUUCUCUGCGAUUCAGUCUUAUUUUUAUAGCAUCUACUACAAUAAAGGUUGUCUCUGGUCACUUUCCAGACACCCAGAGCAUGACCCCCGAGCAACUAAUAAUAAUAAUUAAUUAUUACCACUUAGUUUGAGGGUACUAAUUAGUCACGGACAAUUUAAUUACUUGUUCUUAUUCUGUUCUUUAUUGUUAUUAUUAUUGAUGCCUAUUUUUGUCCGUUUCAAGUAAUUUCACUUGCCAAAAUUUUUUUUUUUUUUCUUUCUUUGAUUGAAAGGUACCAGCUAAUAAGUCCAUAUGUGUAGGUCCAAGACCCAUAGAAGUCCAAGAUGUUUACUACGCACGCUACUCAGUUGCGUUUUACUCAAAGUGGAUGUAUUAUUAUGUGUGUGCGGGAUGUACUACUUGGAGCCCUGCAGCUCACUUGUAACACUGCAUCAGAUCAUGAAGACAGCCUUGUUCCAUGAAUGUGGUUUCACUGUGAGGCAACUCUGUAAUAUCACUGCACGUCCAUGUAUUCAAUUACUAUAGAAAUAUAGUUAGAAUUAUACCAUUAUUUUUAAUACAUUCAGCUAAUGGCUUAUUUAUGCAUCUAUUUUUCUAAUGGUUUGACCUGUACUAUGAACUAGAGAUGUAGCUAUGGUUGAUCCAUAUGUUGUUUUUUUUUAAUUUCCACAAAUACUCCACUUAAGAGCUCUCUUCACGCUUUCAAUAAUGAGUUGUUAAACUAGGAAAUGGCAUAUAAUCUUGAAUAUAUCCAAUCAGUGUUAUCACUCUUCUAGAAAGCAACAACUAACUGAGAAGAAUAUGCUCUUUAAAAACUCUGCAAACAUUUUAGACAUUCCAAAGAAGAUUAAGGCUUUAAUGACCAAUCAGUAUUUAUUUAACUUAACAAAGGAUAAGCACAUAUAAGCGCUAUAACUGUUACUGCAUAGUGUACAUUUUCCUUUCCUGCAAACAUUGUCCUUUAGAAUAAGGGAAGAAAUGAAAAUAACUUUUUUUUUUCUUAAGAUGGGAAAUUAUCUUAUGAAUGACUUAAUUUUGCACAUAACUUUUCUAAUUGUGUAACUAGAGCACUUUUUACAUGGAGGUGGAUAGAGGAACUGUCAAACAUAUGAGUGUAAAAACUUUCCAGCGUAUUACAGAAUACAAAGUAUAAGACCAAAAAUUAGAUUUUUAUCAUAAGUUGUACUGGCAUCUAAAUCAAUUAUAAAAGGACACGGCGUACAGUUUGAAGGAUUUCUUCAUAUUGGUAGAGCCUGACAAACUUAAUGUUAUGUUAGAUGUGUAUACCUCAAAACACACUGUACCUGGAUAAGAACUUCACAACGAUAUCUAAAAUGUUGAGACAUUUAUUUAUUGUUUCACCCCAGUUUUUAUUUCAAUAAUUCACAUACCUUUCAACACUUCAAGUUUUCUUUUUGAGUGUAGUCCAGGACAUACUUUCUUUCAUGUACUUUCUUUCUCGUGUGAUUCAUCUGCUCUUGUCGGAGCUGCUGCCAAGCAUUUGUUUGUUUGACUCGUGUUAAUAAGGUCACACUGACUGCAGUUUGUGUUCAGUUAUGGAAUAAUCAAACUCCGGGACAAAGCGGAAAGUUCAUUUUUGGGAUAACUCCACACUCCUGUCCAUUUAAAAAUAAAUGUUGAGUUAUUUGUUGCAUUUCAUUUUAGUCUGUUCGCAAGAUGUAAAAGCUUAGUCAUGCAUUAAACUUGUUGAAAUAACUUGUUGGCACGGACCUCCGAUUAGAGGGAAAAAUUCACAAUUGUUAUUCUUGUUAACAUUGAUGCAAAUGUGACAUUAAAAAGUUGACAAUGUAACCAUGAUUGUAAUAAAUGUUAAAGUGUAAUUCAGUUUUUUUUUUUUUAAGUCAAGCUUUACUUUUCUUUAAUGCUGUAUGGUUGCAUAUGGUUAUGUAUGUAGGUUUAAUAUGGUUGCCAGGUAACUGAAAUAUCGUCUUAUUUGUAACCCUUAACAUGCUGACAAUGGCAGUUGCUAAAAAUGUAACCAGGUAUUUAAAAUGGAACAGUUUUCUGUGUUUAUCUGUAACAAAUCUUUGGAUCUGUUGCAAGGUGUUUUUGCUACUUGCUUUUACAGAGAUUUCACAAUGUAUUCAUCUAAGUUUUGGCCAUUUGAACCUGAUUAUUGAAUGUGUUUAAUAUUGAUGAGACAGCAUGUGUAGUAAAAGUUUGGACAUGUGGCAGAGGCUUGUGUACCAUUCGGCAUUUCCCGCCCACGUCAUUUUGACUGUACCGUCUGCUGCCAUUGCUUAUGGUCAGAUUUGUAUUUGACCUUAUGCACGUGUUUAAACACCUAAUAAAAUACUAGCAAUGUGUGAUCUCUACCUCACAA